GCGACGAUGCAGCUCUCCCGAGGAGCGGUCGCCGGCAUCUGAGUGCGUGCAGUUUCUGAAGGUGUCCAGCCCCUGGUGCCGUAAUUUAGGUGGGAACCCCUUGUCUGGCGUGGAAGGAGCAAGUACUUACACGGGACGUACACAUCUGAGGCCUGCGUGCCGUGGCGGGAUCGCAUUUUGAAUCUGCCCGAACGGCCCAGGGGAAGCGACGGCGAUGCUCCCGUGAAAAAAGCAGCUCUGCCGCCUUCAUAGCGCAGGAUUACGAUCGUGUGUUGUGGAUUUGCGACGACGACCUAGCGGUAUCCUGAUGGAUGGUGCAGUGGCAGUUGUGCUGUGAAAGCAUGUCUUCCUCAGCUCGACCUCCUGGCCGUUCAACCCUGGCUCGGUCCAAAAGCCUGCGUCUCCCUAGACCUUCUGCACAGCCACAGUCGAAGGAUGACUUGGCACAACCAGAAGGUGGCUGUCAACUACGACGCCAUGGCAGCAUGAGGGCUAUUAGUGGUGGGACGCCAGCAGCGAUGAGUGCGUCGUAUCAUGGCUCACUACAGUCAGAGCCACAGCCAUCACGCAAGCCACAGCCAGAGUUCGCACGCAAGGCACCGCUCCCACCUCAACCAGUGCGCAGCAAGCCAAGGCCAGAAUCCAAGCCUGCAUUUGCUGCAACAGCCACGGGAAAAAUCAGCCCUGAUGAUGAUGAGGCCCCCAUGAAGGAGCAUUUUGCACGCCUCAUUCAGGAGCAUGACCGGCUACAGGUGAAGUAUGGCCGCCUGCGGGCGCACCUGGUGGAGCGCGAGUGUCGUAGGGACCAGCAGCAGCAGCAGCAGCCAGGCCCCAAGGGAGGGGGGCCCCUGGCGCCCAUCCCCGAGGACGAGGCAGACUCCCCGGAUGGGGAAGUGCCUUCGUGUGUACGUGACUCCCCGCUCCUCAUGGGACUCCAUCUGGAAGCCCAGAGGCUGCAACAGGAACUGCGCCGGGCACAGCGUGCAUACUGGGACCUGGUGUUGGGCAGCGACUGUGGGGAUGACUCGGCUGAAGUCGUGGUGGACCUGCUGUCACAGCUCGAGAAGAGAGACACUGAGCUAUCACGUGCUCGUGGCCGGUGCGAGCGACUCUCCGAGGCCUUGGCCCAGAGUGAGCGUGAGGUGGCUGCCUGCAGGGAUGCCCUGCAUGACUACCAGCUGCAGAUGGAAGCGCAGCGGGCAACCCACGAGGCACAACGCUCGCGCGUGCACGACUUACAGGUGCAACUUGGUGAGGCACGGGAAGGCUGUGAGUUCCUGCAGGCAGAGCGGGCCACAUUGGCCGAGGCGCAGCUGGAGUCUGAAGCUGAAAUGCGUCGCCUCCGUGGUCUCCUCGAAGCAGCCCUGGAGACUUCGCGCAUCCUCUAUCAACGCUGUGCCAAGCUGUUUGCCAAGUGCCAGCAGAAAAGUGUGCGGCUGUCCCAGCUUGAGUCGCAGCUUGAGUGUCAGCGGCCCAUUGCUGAAGCCUCCGCCAGCAGUGGCCAGGCUCUGGCCCAGCUGUCAGCCAAGCUUCAAGCCUUCCUCAAGACCAGUGUGCUGUUCGCUGCUUCACACUUGCAGCUCGACUCGGAGGUGUUGGAUGAAAUCAUGGACGACCUGGAAGGUUCUGGAGACGAGCACCCAACUGCUCCACCGCCAAGCAAGGACAGGCUUGCACCUCUGAACGUCUCCUUUGCGAAUGGAGACUCCGAGCCCGACUCAAGCUACGGCACGCCCGUCGAUGAGCUUCCACCGAGCACCUCUGCUGAGCACACUUCUCUUGUGCAUGCGAUCCUGGAGGCUGCCGCAGGCUCCCAACUGUUAGCACGGAGUGAAGACUUGCCCAUAAAUGGCGAGAGUGAAGUGCACGACAAAUUGGCUGAGCGAAGAAACUUGUGUGUUGUGGAGUGCAGCCUGGUGGAUUGCAAUGGUGUGAGUGGUGAGUGUGGGCUCAGGGGCCAGUUGCCACCUGCGGGCUCUGUGGUAGAAGAGACGGCUCUUCAGUCUGCAAGGAGUCUCACCCACAUCAAUGGGUUUCACGCAGAUGAUGGCACAGUGAUAUUCAGGCCAAACCAGUGCCUCGCUACCAGUCUACCUGGUGGUGUGACCGGUUCCUCGGAAAAUGGCCUCGGCAGUCAGGGUCCCAGUGAUGAAGACGCAGCCCAGUCGUCCAUCUCGGGCAAACCGGUGGGCACGGUACCACCCUUUCGCACGGUGGCAGCCACCGACAGCAAGCCGACAGCUGGAACCGGUGGUGCCGGUGUCGGUGGCCACGAAAGAGCUGUGGCAGAACUGGCAUCGCUGUCGGGCAAGCUGGUCCGUAUCCAUUCACUCAUGCAGGCUCGUGUUCAAGAGCGGUUGCGCACUGAUCACGAACAGAUUGAGGAGCUGAAGCAGAACUUGGACACCGUGUGCUGUCAGAAAGCACAGUGUGGCCUUGAAGUUGGCGAGUUGAGACGCCAGCGAGAUCAGGCGUGCGAGCAUGCACAGCGACUCGAGCAGCAAAUGGCCUCCCUCCAAGACAGCCACGCACGGGAGGUCGAGCUGCUGUUUCAGCAGAUGGGUGACCUGAAAGAGAAAAAUCGCUGCCUGUCGGCCGUCAACCAGGAGCAGGGCAGGCAGCUGCAAGAGGAGCUGUCCAAGCGAGGCUUUUCCUCUGAGGCAGACGCCAUCUGUGCUAAGCUGCAGCUGCGCCAGGAGCUGGAACAACUGCGCGAGGAGCUGCUCCUCAAGGACGAGCAGCUGCGGGCUCUGGCGGCCAAGUUUGGCCGCUUCCGCAAAGCCUACGAGGACAACUACCAGCGAGCCACUGAUGACAUCGACAAGCUCGACACCAUGCUUGAGCGUGUCAUCGAGACACUGGAGGCUGAGCCCGAGACUGUGUCCAGUUGCCCAGCGCUCAGGCAGCUGCUGCACAACCUGCGUGGAGGAGGUGCAGGGGAUGCUACUGCAAGCACGCCAUCUGGUGACAGUGCCACUAAUCGCAAGAUGCCCACAGCUCUCUAACAUGGCCAGGCGGUCACCUACUUGUGAGGAAACUGCCUCCUGCUCGGCUUGUAGAUUUUAGUUUCACCGUCCACACAGCUGCACGCUCGCAUUGCAACAGUAGCAUCGACGCAGAAUGCGUCCAGCAACUACUGCACUACGUGGGCUGCCGCCAAUAGACAACUUUAAAGUACUGUUGUGCAAGGAGACAUUUUUGUAUGCACGUGUGGUAUUUGUUUUGUGUCUGCCUUUCUUUGCUGUGAACAAAUUAUCUUAUUCACUCAGUUGCACCAUUAUUUUACAUUGUAAAACUUGGCAUGUUUGUAAUAUAUAUACAUAUACAUGUAAUUAUUAUCCAAUCAAGAUAGAUCUUGUGGCUAAUGAGUGUCCACAGAUUUAGGCGAAAGUGUCAGACCACAGAUGGAAAAUGUGAAAGCAAAAGAUGAGCCAAACUGUGAAAAGCCGUAUUAUUUUUUACUGCAAGUUCUUCUUGCGACAUUCCGUACAAUUUUUUCUUUUUGAACCAAGCCAAUGUGUUCUCAGGGUAGUUUCAUCUUUUAUUCUGCCUUGCUUUUGCAUUCUUUAUUGUAACUCGUGUAAGUUUCACUUUUUUUUAAUUUCGUCUUUUAGGAGAGAAGCAAACUGGUCCAAUGUAAAGCAAAUGGUCCUAAUUUUAUCCCAGGUUUUUUAAGGUAUUAGCUGUGUUGCACAUUAAUUGGUUCUUGCUAUCUUAUUACACUAAGUGUUGUAUAAAUGGUGUGUCUGCAAAGUAGUAGGAUUGUUUUUUGUUUUUCAUUUCGUUUGCAACCUUUACACAGUGACUUGAUAGCUUUCAAAAUAUGCACCUCUUGCAUCAACAGUGUUUCAGGAAUUCUCGUUCUUCAUGAAAGGUCUGGUCUCUCAGGAGGGAGUCUGAAACAGUGGCUGUAAGGAGGCUGGGGGGUGAUUCCAUGCUUCCUCAGGAUAGUGGCAUGGUGCAUUUUCAUGACUUUUUGCCAUUGAAGGGUGCCUUGACGAUUGUUCUCUUCCCACUGUGCUCUCUUCCUAAAACAAUUUGUGCCGCUGAAGAAAACUUUACCUACUCAUGACAUCACUCCCAUAAGCUCUCUUGGUCAUGUCAUGAGUCCCAUGCACCUUGUUUCACCCAGUUUGAAGUAAAAUAAAACUUCACCGUUUGACUUUGCUUUAACAAAAUUCAUUGUGGGCAUAACAAGGUAUCUUGGUAGGGGUUCACUUUUAUGCCUGGGGACUGUUGCACCAGUAUCCAAGUCCUUCCCCCCCACACAAUCAGCAUGAGGACAACGCUCUGCUUUUCCAAGCUUCGGCGGGAAAAGAUCAGUGUAGACAAACCCUGUACAUAUGGGUUUCAUGGCUCUUCCCAUUGGUGAGAUUGUGCACUGCAGUGAGCUCAGUGUGGUAUUCCACUUGUCAGCAUAGCCUGAUUUACACAUAUUUAGCCGAUUCUAGAGUUGAAGGCCUUCAUCUUCCCACUCACUGCCUCCAAGAUUGGCCCACCUUUGACUAAGCGACUGUGCUAGAGUAACAGUUUCAUGUGAUAGAGCAGUGGCAACAUGCUACAACAGGUCCUCCAUGUUGAAACUUUACAAUGACCUGAAGGUCGUGGGUUCGGUCCCAACUGCGAUGGUCCCGUUUUGAUAGACGUGAAAUGCUGGAGACUAGUGUACUGUGCGAUGUCAAGGAACACCACAUGGUAGAAAUUUCUGGAACCCUCCACCACGGUGCUUCUCAUAAUCAAAUCAGGGUUUUGGGAUGUAAAAACUCAGAUUGUUAUUAAAGGGACCUUGAAACGGUUUUCUGAAGUUUUGUCAGCGUUUAGGCUAGAGCAUCAUCAAACCAUUUGCACCACAGAUUUUAGUGACAUGCCAUGUACCAAGGCUUCUACAGACAAUUAUAUCAUACUCUCCUCGCCUCUGCCUGGCCUCCUCAACUCAUGAGGCAUGCUGGCAUGGCUGGGGAUCACACAGCUUUCAUGAGUGCGCCCAAUCAUUUGAGCUUUUACCUGUCUAGACCUCCGAAAUUGCAUGCCGACAGGUUGCACUCAGCCUUGGAGGCCAUAACGUAGUGCAUCCGGCAGCACGCACGCCGUCUGGCCACAGAGACGAAGAUCGCGGAGUGGUUCACAUCUGCUCCGACAGGUGCCGCCACCCUACCAGCCGAUCUUACUCUCACGCAUUUUACAACCCAUGACAGCCAAUCAGAUCAGCGUCCACGGUGACGCGGCUGCUGACGUGCUUUGCCCAUUCACAGAGCACGUCGCUCUGUGAAUGGGCAGUUGAAAACCCGUUUGGCCGAGUCGCAACAAUCUGCACCAAUAUGCAGCGAUUCGCAGCUUUAAAGCGUUGUAAUUAAUUUACAAAGUUUACGGAGAGAGCUAUAAUCGGUCUCUAAAUAACCCUUGGGACAUGGUCUACCAGCCGAAUGUGUUUGUACAAAGUCACUAAAACUGUCUCGGGGUCCCUUUAACGUUUUACAGCGGCAGGAGAAACAUUUUUUUAGCCUCAUCAUGUAAACAAAACAGGCAAGUAAUGCUCAUGAAAUGGUAUGGAUCUAAACCCAUGCAAAAUACUUGUGUGCAAAAUUCAAGCUAGUCGAAAACCAAUAUGAUUUUUUAUUGCAUUUAUAUAGGCAGGGUUAUGUACUUGUAUGUGUGUGGUGUUUGGUGUUUCUGGGGCAGUCAUGGCUAAAGUGCGCGAUUCUCAACUUGCGAUCGUAUGUGGAAGCCCAGCCACUCAGCCCUCUUAGAUUGUUUUUCUGAAGCUUGGGAAUUCGCACACAGUAAGCAGUAAUGCUGUAUUAAGUUUUAUAAAGUAGUAUUGGCUACAGUCUAUUUGCUGUUUGUUCUCUUUCACGAGAUUGGCUGCUGAAUCUGGUAUGAAAAAGUUUUUCAGCUGACCCCACCCCCCUUUGUCUGUCUCCUAUAAGCACUGGGUUCUCAUUCCUUGAUCAAUCCCUGUUUCAGUGUAGCCACACUGCUGUCUACUACGAUACCCCAUUGCCUCUUGGAGCUUUCAUAAAGGGUUCCACUCUAUAAGAAUUCAUUAUAUCUUAAGUCAUAUGUGAGUAAAUUUUAUUUCUGACAAAUAGAAACUGUAUCUACUAUGUAUUUAAACUGAUGAGAGUUGGUUGUAGUUUUCCUUGUGUGCUAAGUAGACUUUUAACCCAGCAGGACUAUAUCGACUCUUAUGCUCGAUGAACGUACAGAUUCACCAAUGCUAAGCACAUUCUGCAUGCGUCCUCUCUUGUGUAUCCAGUUUUUUUUUCAUUUUCACUCCUAGUGACAGUGUUGUAUAAGGCAGUAGUAAAAGUGUUUUAUUAAAAAUGUUCACUGAUCAUGGUAUGUACACUCUGGUAUGAUGCAAGCAUGUUUGAGUUCUGUAGAAGCUUUCUUUAACAUUUAAAACAAAACAUUUUGCAUUUCUUGCUGCAAGUUUGCCUUGGCUUAUAUGCAGUACCUCUUGAAACAAAAUGAGGACCUGAAACAGUCUACACUACAUAGUUCAUUAAGAUAACCUGUCAUUUUUAGAAAGCCAUUGUAUUUCAAGUAAAGCAGGUAGCAUCAAUCUUUUGCUGUUUCUAAUGCUUGCACAAAGAUGGUUCCUUUGAAAAGCAGCGGUGGUCAUUAGGUGGCUGUCUACAGGACUGUUUUUUCUUUAAAAUGAUGCACUGUUAGUGUGACAUGUGAGAUGACUUGGUGUUGGUAACAGGAAAAGAAAGAAAAAAAAGAAUGGGAAAGUGCAAUCGGAAGAGUAACUAAAUCACAUCGUAGCUCUUACUUCCAGCUUUUAUUGCUUUAAUGCAAAUGUAAACAUAAUAAUUCAUUUCAGGUUACAAAAAUAUGCUCACAUGAUCCACACAUCAAUCAUUUAUACGUUCCACUUUUUCUGAUUUCACGAUUGAAGACAUGCAAUGGUCAGAAAGGUGUGCCAUCAACUGCACCCCAAUACUUUCUCCUAGCUAAUGCAGACUAUGAUUACAAAAAACAUAACCAGAUGGUCAUUGUAGACAGUGCCGGAGCACAAGUGAUUGCACGCAUGGGAAACUUCAGCCUCCACACACAACGUCAAUGCCAACUGAAACAAUCUUCCUCACAAUGUACACCAUCAUGGUGACUGCACCCAACCAAACAGCACAACCGUUGCCUGUUUGAAGCCCAACACAUCACCAAACAGCCGCUUGUGCUGCCAGCCAGAGUAUUUAAGGCAGCUCUGCUGGUGCAUUGCACAUGUUUUCUCGCACUGUGCUCAAGUGCAGUGUGAUCACACGGGCGAUCCACACCGAAGACACAGCUGCAGACCUUUCCUUUGAGUCAGACCUCGUGCCAGCCAGGCUUUGUCAGGACAGGCUCCCCUCGCUUUGUUUGUCACCACUGCUCUGUUGUUUGAACUGACUGACAAUGUCACCUCACAUUGCUUAGCUGUUACCGAAUUCUGUUUGUUUUUUAUCUUCACUGACUACACAAAAAUAAAAAUGUGCUGGUAGCAUUUCUAGAUUGCAACUCUUAUGCACCCAUGUGCGCAUUUUGCAUCGUCUUCGUGGAGAGUUGAGUGAACAAAUGACAAAAGGGAAGAUGAAAGGCAGCAAUCGCAGUUCUUGGAAUGCAGAGCGUCAUUCUAUUAAGACUAAAGGGCGAUCUAGCUGUCACUGUGAUCAUGGAACUGCCAUGAAAAUAAUGGCAAGUCAAAUUGUGUUGGCUUGUGAACAAUUCUUUUACAGUUUCAUUUCACACACAGCAGCAGUAUUCUGCCACAGUGCCUACAGUGUUCUCGGCAGUGGGUGUUCGAAUGCAGUGCAAAACACUCAAACUGAUGCCGUUGUUGUUGCAAGGUUCGUGCAGUGUGCUAGGUCUCCUGCUUGUGGUGGCAUUGCAACUUUGCAUGUGGUAUCUGACAACUUGAGUAAAGCAUUGUUUGCCCAUGGCUUUGAAAAAUUUGUGUCGAGUCAGUGCAGGGAACUGCAUAGGUUUAAUGUUUUCUUUUCUUAAGUGUGCCUUCUAAAACGUUGUCAAGUUGGCUGCAAAACAAUCGUGAAACGCAUGCGCCAUCACGUUCAAUUGAGUCAGCUUUAUGCCAGAGCUGGAUAUGCACUGUGCGUACUGCAGCUUUUACGAUCCUUAUGCCGCAUAUAGCCAUUAGGCAGAUGCAUCUGGUGUCGCAGUAGAUGACGCAGUAAUGUUUCUCACUCGAUACAGUAUGAUGCAGUUAUAGUACAGUCCAAACUUGUACUGCUGUGACUCCCAGUGACGCAUUCAAGGAAUGAGAGGGCGCACGCCUUAGCUCAAUAACUUACAAACCGAGCGGGGAGCCACAGCCCAUGCCAAGAUGGUCCGCUUACGGCGCUAAACAGCCUUGAACACCAAAGAUGCACGAGAGAACGUCUAGCCCCACCGCAUUCGCAGCUGGGAUGCGGAUGCGCAUAUAGAAGAAUUCAAAUUCACACCUACCCUCACUUGAAGAGAGGGCCCACUGCAUGAACCCCACAUUGUAUGGCAGCACUUGUCCAUCGUGUGGUGCACGGCCAUCACUGUAGCAUGUGACAGAGGAAUGCGCAGGAAGACCACAUAAGGCUAACUCGCCUGGGUCACAAGCUUUCUCUAGGGAGCCAUGGGAGACCCUCCUCGCUCAGCCAGGGCUGGAGGUCCAAAGAGGCCUCUUGGACCAGGUGUAGCGUGUAGUGAGGAUAACGAGUUCUGGAUUAGGGACCCACCUACUCGCUCUUUCCCCUUCUACUCCUUCCUCUGAAUAACCAAUACAGUUUUUUUACCACCACCUGCUCUUUCCAAAACCCCUGCUCGACUUUAAUGUGACCCGUAAUGGCACCCUUUAAUGGCAACUUGUAGUGUAACUACCAACUUUAGCGCAAACUUUCAAAUAAUGUAAAGCAGCUCUUUGCACCGCCACUCUCUCUCUGCUCUCUCUCCUGCCCUGUGCCAGAUGCUCCCUUGGGACUCUUCACGAACGCUGCUAGCUUCCCCAUCAGUGCUGCUCUAAAGCAACGUGUAGACAACUCUUGAAAGCUUUUGGAACUUUUCUCCAAAAAACUUUCAGCUAGAAAAAUGACACCUUGAACGGCCAGCUUCUCCAAUAAAACGACAACCCCCGCCAGAACAAGUUCUCCAGCUUACUACAGAGAACUCCUGGCGAUAUACGAAGCAGUUCAACACUUUUGCCACGUCCUCGAAGUGCAGCACUGCACCACCUAUGCCAACCACAAACCCCUGAUUUACGCCUUCUCUCAAUGCUACGACAAACUCCCACCGGUUCAGCAGAACCUGCUUUCUUUCAUUGCCCAAUUUACCACCGAUAUGAAACAGAUCAGUGGGAAAGACAAUGUUGUCGCCAACGCACUUUCAUGUUUGGCAGCUCUAUCAGCUCUUUGCGGAUAACUGCUGAUGUCAUCCUUGAGGUUAAGACUGUGGAUGCAGAGCUAAAGAAGCUUGUUGAGGGCUACAGCUGCAACAAGUCCCCAUACAUGGACGUACAAACGCAAUCCAUUGCGACAUGUCAUCAAGACGAACCAGGCCCUAUGUGCCCCUGUCUGAUCGCCACAGAGGUUUCAACCAGCUCCACAAUCUCAGCCACCCUGAAAUACCUGCCUCGACAGGUCUUGUGGCUGACAGCUUUGUCUGGCCCUGAAUGCUGCAGGAUUGCCACACCUGGGUGCGGCCCCGCCGCGGUGGUCUAGUGGCUAAGGUACUCGGCUGCUGACCCGCAGGUCGCGGGAUCGAAUCCCGGCUGUGGCGGCUGCAUUUCCGAUGGAGGCGGAAAUGUUGUAGGCCCGUGUGCUCAGAUUUGGGUGCACGUUAAAGAACCACAGGUGGGCAAAAUUUCCGGAGCCCUCCACUGCGGCGUCUCUCAUAAUCAUAUGGUGGUUUUGGGACGUUAAACCCUACAUAUCAAACAACUGGGUGCGCUCCUGCAUUCAAUGCAAACGCACUAAAGUCACCAAGCACGUCACUUUACUACUCGAAGCAUUCUCUGAGCCCUCUUGUCAGUUCAAACAUAUUAAGCUCAACAUUAUAGGACCCUUCUCCCCAGCUAGACUCUUUCGCUGCUGCCGGGCUGUCAUCAAUCGGUAUACUCGAUGGCUCGAAGUAUGGCCGCUUGAAGAAAUCCCCACAAAAGACGUCUCCUCGGCCUUCUUCACUGGCUAGAUUGCUUGUUUCGGUGCUCCUCACUGCGCGUCACCACUGACCAAGCAUGGCAGUUCGAAUUCAGCUUUUUGGGCUACUCAACUUGAGGAUUCAGCUUGAGCGCUUGAGGAACACCAGCUACCACCCUUCGGCCAACGGAAUGAUGGAGUGCUUCCACUGACAAUUCAAAGCAGCCAUCUUGUGUUACCCAGACUCAAUCUGACUCGAGGCCGGCCAUUCUGGCCAUGGACCUAGCUUUUUGCGCCACCUUCAAGCCAAGUAUCCAGGCUGCACCCACAGAGCUCGUCUAUGGGGAACCACUCUAUCUCCCAGGUAAAUUAUUAGCUGCACUGCCAUCUAAUACUAAGGCGUCAGACCCCACCAACUUCGUUGCCCGGCUCCGACGCACUGUCACCGUCCUCCGCCUGUCUCUUGCAGCUCACCACACUAAGCCUGUGCCUUUUGCCUUCAAGAAGCUAGCAACAUGUACGCAUGCUUUUCCCCCAGAUGACACCAUCCGCAGACCCUUUCAGCCACCCUACUAUGGACCAGACAUGGUUGUUUGUUGCGACGACAAGAACUACACCUAAGGUUUAAUGGCGCUUAGGUUGAGUGCAAUGUGCCUGCAUAGGCCACAUGUGCAUACGAACACAACAAAUAGAUGCUAUACACUUUGAACCCACAAAUAAAGUUGCAAAAACUUUGUAAGUGGAUCGUGUAUAACUAUUUUAAGCACAUUCUUGUAACCUAAUAUAAACUGCAAAAGUUUGCACUGAAAAAUGCCAUUGUAAGUUAAUAUGUUACUUGCAAGUUUCUCACUUCGUUAUUUGUUGUGGUUACCUCUGCUGAGCUGCAUUUCGCCCAAACCUUGUACAUGUGAUGCCGCAAAUGUAGUACAUUGUUUAAUGGUGUUCAGGGCCGCUUUGAACUGCAAAAGUUUGCACUGAAAGAUGCUGUCAUUGUAAAUUAAUAUGCCAUGUACAGGUUUCUCACUUGGUUAUUUUUCGUGGUUACCUCCACCGAGAUGCAUGUUACCAUUUUGCCCAAACCACCACUCUUUCCUAUACUUGUAAUGCCCCAAAUGUAGUUCAUUAUUUAAUGGUGUUCAGGGCAGCCUCUUCAGUGGCAUGUUAGUCAUUUUUCUUGUAACCACUACCUUUCCUUUUUGUAAAUAACUUCACUUGAAUGCAUUCAGCCAUGGUUUUGCCUUGCCUUUUGUUUUGCCAUAUUUAAAGAUAGCACUGCAUAACAAGUCAUCUUGUUUGUCAACCUCAACUAUGGAUAAUUCUGCUUGCUAUCUGUAUUAAUGUGUGCUUUUCUUUAAAAGGGUUUUUUAGUUGAGCAAAUGAAGCCAGUAUGACAAUGUGUUAUUAUGAUAACAAAGCUAACCAGCUCUGUUCGUUGGCUCCGUGUUCCACUUCUCAUUCACAGUGUUGUUGAAAGUGGGUUGCAUUUCUUCUAUAUGUACAAGCUCGCAGCACUGCUGAAUACCGCUGUGCAAGAAACUUGGUUACAAGGUCACUAAUUAAAAGGCUCAUGCGAACUCUUUUCUGUUCCACAAGUGCUUGUUGUGGGCAGCGUAUGACUUAUAGUGUUGCAUCUGCAAAAUCGCGACUGUGCACAUUGAAAAUUUCUGAACACACCAUGUGUAGUGCCGCACAAUUUCAUCAGCUAAAAAUGCAUUUACAGCUAUACCAAAGAACUUGCAUAGUGACGUUGUUCAAUAUGCACUUUGUUCAAGAGAGAAUGGCACCUGAAAGUUGAAUGACAUGUAGCUUUUUUUGGGGGGGUUGGGGGAAACAAAACAUUGUGUACCUACUUUGGUGCUAUGUGUUAGCCUAGCAAGUUAGCAUGACAUUAUUAUCAACAAAUACAAAAGUUUUUUGUGCAAGAUGUAAACAAAGUUGUAGCUUGGAAGUGUUUACAAUUCCCUCUGCAUCACACUAUUUCGUAAAGCACUGUUGAUUAUUAGUUUAUGGGAAAUGCAUUACUGGAGUUGUUUCUUUAUAUUUUGAAGCACUGUUAAAUCGAUCAAAUGCUUCAAAGAAAUGACACUUAAAGGGGAACUCUGGUGAAUUUUCGACCAUACUAAAAUAGUGCUCUUUUCAAAUAGUGUUGACAGUCCUGCAAAAGAUAGGGUGGUUCAUUUGGCCAGGCACUCAUCAAUAGUUUAGUUAAGCAAUAAUCUAAAUAAUAAUGAGUCAAAACAGAAAUCAAUGAGUAAAAUAAAUGAGUCAAAACAGAAUCCAAAGCAGGGACCUGCUCUGUCCUCCAUAGUGGGUAUCAGAUGACGUCACGAGAAUCCGUUGUCGAUGACGUCUUGACAUUCGCUGAAUUGCUUGAGAUUGGCCGUCUUGAGAUCUGCUGAAGACGGAAUCAAGCUGUACCAGCUUGUCUAAACUUACCAAUGACAAGUUCAGCGAUGAUCGCAGCUGCUAUCCGAGUGUGUAAGCAUUGCUUUUUGACCCGUUGGCGCAAGAAGCAUCUUACAUGCCCCAAUUCGAUUCCCUUGUUGAUCAAUAUUGUAAGACACAAGGUUAACGAGGACUAACACGCUGUAUGCAGCUGACAAAACUGAACUGGGCUAGCAUUGUUGCAUUAAAAAAGAAAGCGCGCAUUGCAUUGGUCGGCUGGGAAAGGCAGGGUUUUCGAAAAAGGGUAGACCCUUACGUCACAUUCACAGGGUGGUCAGCAUUUACGAAUGCGAUUCCAAAAUCGACUACCAAUUUUAAAAUUUGUUCUUUAAAAACUAAAAGACUUACGGUUGUGCAAUUUGGCACAUAUCGCCAUGGGACCGACGAGAACACAUGUUCAAUGUUUUAUCCAAAUUGACGAGUAUCGAAAAAACGCUGGAGUUCCCUUUUAAAUAUCUUAUGUGUCACUGCAGAAAACUGAAUCGCUAGGCAAAUCCGCUAGGCUAAUGACAAUGUAAUCUGCGAGAUUUUACAGUUAUUAUGAACGAGAAGUGCUAGUUAGCCAUAAUGAAUUGUACAUGCUUUGCCUCUUGUUAACAUUUGAGUUGGCUUAAUUACAGUCAUUGAUAGUUUUAUUUUUGAUUAGUGCCAAAGUAUGAUUUUCAACUUGAAGCUGAGCUCUGGUUCUUGCAAAUAAAGGUGACAAACUACUGA